AAGGUUACGCAACUAUUUCUCAUCUCCCGCAAAAAUAAAUCUCUGUGUUGACGGUGACUUCUAAAACAACACGGCAUCAACUCCAUCUGCUGCUGCUGCUGCUUCUUCCUCACUGUGCCGGACUCCAUAAUUCCCUAUUUUACCCUUCCGAUUUACAUUAAUUUCAGCUCCUGUCUAUCUGUAAAAUUUAAUCGACGAUCUUCAAUUCCUUCCUACAUGUCAAUUGAAUUAGCUAGUAUCAUUGGCGAUCGAUCCACCAUUGGCAAAUUCGUAAAUACACCACAAAACACUGGGUGCUAAUCAGUCCCGGUCUCACCCCCAAUCCGGCGUGGGACUCUGGCUCUUGUUCCGUUCCAAUAAUGUCCCUCCUUCUCACACCCUUCACUACUUAGACCACCACCCUCAGCCUUCCCUUACGCGCCACGCGCCUCCUCCUCAACCACCACCAGCUAUGGAACAAUCUAACGCCAAUCCCCCUCCCUCAACUUCUAAUUCCAGUUCUGCCCCUCCGGUUAAAGAAGAACCGGAAUAUCUGGCUCGCUAUUUCGUGACGAAGCAUUCUUGGCGCGGUAAAUAUAAAAGGAUUUUGUGUAUUUCUAAUUCUUCUAUUAUUACUGUGGACCCUAAUUCAUUCAGCGUUACCAAUAAUUUCAAAGUUCCUGAUGAUUUCGAAGGCGCUUCUCCCAUUAUUGGGCGUGGUGAUGAGGGUUUGAAUCCUGAGUUUAAUAUGAGUGUGAGAGUUGAUGGUAAAAGUAAAUUUAGAGGGAUGAAGUUUUCUUCUAAAUUUAGGGCUAGUAUUUUGACUGAAUUGUACAGAAUCCGAUGGGAUUCCUUAACUCCUAUUGCGGAGUUUCCUGUUUUACAUCUUAAGCGAAGGAAUGGCGAUUGGCACCCCUAUAAAUUAAAAAUUACUUAUGUUGGAGUUGAACUGAUUGAUUUAAAAUCUGGGGAUUUACGAUGGUGUUUGGAUUUUAGAGAUAUGAAUUCCCCUGCUAUUGUACUUCUUUCUGAUCCUUAUGGAAAGAAAGCAAAUGAUUAUGGAGGUUUUGUUCUUUGCCCAUUGUAUGGAAGAAAAUCUAAAGCCUUCCAAGCUUCUUCAGGGACUACAAAUACUACAAUUAUCUCGAACUUGACUAAAACUGGCAAGUCAGUGGUUGGGGUGUCAUUAUCUGUAGACAGUUCUCAGACCCUGAGUGUAGCGGAGUACUUAAGACAAAGAGCAAAAGAGGCAGUUGGAGCAGCAGAAACUCCUUGCGGGGGUUGGUCUGUAACACGAUUACGUUCUGCUGCUCAUGGAACUCUAAAUGUUCCUGGAUUGAGUUUGGGAGUUGGCCCAAAAGGUGGACUUGGAGAGCAUGGUGAUGCUGUCUCUCGUCAACUUAUUCUGACAAAAGCUUCGCUCGUGGAAAGGCGCCCUGAAAAUUAUGAGGCUGUUAGCGUUCGUCCUUUAUCUGCAGUAAGCGCGCUUGUCCGAUUUGCUGAGGAACCUCAAAUGUUCGCUAUUGAAUUCAAUGAUGGAUGCCCUAUCCAUGUUUAUGCAAGCACAUCUCGGGACAGCGUACUAGCAGCAGUGCGGGAUGUUUUACAAACAGAAGGUCAGUGCCCAGUACCUAUAUUACCAAGGUUGACAAUGCCUGGUCAUCGUAUAGAUCCACCUUGUGGGAGAGUUCUUCUACUACCAGAUCCACAACGUUUUAAGGUUGACAUGGAGAGCGUAUCCAUGCAUUUGAAGCACUUAGCUGCAGCUGCUAAGGAUGCUGUUGCAGAAGGUGGUUCCCUUCCUGGUUCAAGAGCUAAAUUAUGGCGUAGAAUUAGGGAGUUCAAUGCUUUUUUUCCAUAUAGUGGAGUUCCUCCGAACAUUGAAGUGCCUGAGGUAACUUUGAUGGCUUUGAUAACAAUGCUUCCGGCCACACCUAAUCUCCCUCCAGAAUCACCUCCCUUGCCACCCCCUUCUCCUAAAGCAGCUGCAACAGUGAUGGGUUUCAUUGCAUGUUUGCGGAGAUUAUUAGCUUCACGAACCGCAGCUUCACAUGUGAUGUCUUUCCCUGCUGCUGUUGGAAGAAUAAUGGGUUUACUUAGAAAUGGUUCAGAGGGUGUAGCAGCUGAAGCUGCAGGGCUAGUUGCCACUCUGAUUGGUGGUGGUCCUGUGGAUCCAAGUUUGUUGACUGAUUCUAAAGUAGAUAGGCAUGCUACAAUAAUGCACACCAAGUCUGUCUUGUUUGCUCAUAAUAAUAAUGUCAUUAUUCUUACCAACAGAUUGAAACCUAUGUCUGUAUCACCUUUGUUAUCAAUGGCUGUUGUUGAAGUUCUUGAGGCUAUGAUAUGUGAACCACAUGGUGAGACUACCCAGUACACAGUGUUUGUUGAAUUGUUACGACAAGUAGCUGGUUUACGGCGUCGCUUAUUUGCUUUGUUUGCUCAUCCUGCUGAAAGUGUUAGGGAAACAGUUGCUGUCAUCAUGCGCACUAUAGCAGAAGAAGAUGCAAUUGCAGCAGAGUCCAUGCGUGAUGCUGCUUUACGUGACGGGGCCUUGCUGAGGCAUUUAUUGCACGCCUUUUACCUUCCUGCAGGUGAGCGACGUGAGGUCAGUCGGCAACUUGUUGCUCUUUGGGCCGAUUCCUACCAACCAGCUCUAGAUCUAUUGUCGAGGGUUCUGCCUCCUGGGCUUGUUGCUUAUUUGCACACACGUUCUGAUAGUGUUCAACCUGAUGAUGCUGAUCAAGAAAGUUCAACGAUUAGCAGGAGACAAAGGCGCUUACUUCAGCAACGGAGAGGUCGUACAGCGAGAGGAGUUACAUCUCAAGAUCAAACCUUGCCUUCUGGUAAUAAUAAUGAAGUUGGCGAUCCAGCGAGGCAGGCAAAUGAUGGUGGUUUUAAAGGAUCAGAAAACUACCACAAAUCUGCUGUGGAUCUGCAUUCUGGACAUCCAUCUAGUGGCUACACUGGUGAAAAUAUUUCUAGUGAUGUUCAUGCUGCAAGGUUGUCACAAAAUGACCAUUCACUUCCUUUUGCCAAUACUCUUUCAACAAGUAUCCAUGAGGCUGCAGAACCAAGUGCUUCGAAUUCAGCUGAUUUAGAUGCUCAUGUGGCUGGUCCACAAAGCACAGGCCUUCCAGCUCCUGCACAGGUAGUUGUGGAGAACACUCCUGUUGGUUCUGGUCGUCUACUCUGUAACUGGCAUGAAUUUUGGCGAGCUUUCGGUCUUGAUCACAAUCGUGCAGAUCUUAUUUGGAAUGAGCGCACAAGGCAAGAACUUAGAGAGGCUUUGCAGGCUGAGGUUCAUAAACUAGAUGUUGAGAAGGAACGCACUGAAGACAUUGUUCCUAGAGGGGCUACUGUAGAGAUGACAACUGGGCAAGAUAGUGUGCCACAGAUAUCUUGGAACUAUUCUGAGUUCUCUGUGAGCUAUCCCAGCUUGUCCAAAGAAGUGUGUGUAGGUCAAUAUUAUCUGCGUUUGCUGCUGGACAGCGGCAGCAGUGGCAGGGCACAAGAUUUUCCACUGCGUGAUCCUGUAGCUUUUUUCAGGGCACUCUAUCAUCGGUUUUUAUGUGAUGCAGACACAGGACUUACUGUAGAUGGUGCUGUUCCUGAUGAAUUGGGUGCAUCUGACGAUUGGUGUGAUAUGGGAAGGCUAGACGGUUUUGGGGGAGGGGGAGGCUUUUCUGUUAGGGAGCUUUGUGCAAGAGCCAUGGCCAUUGUCUAUGAACAACAUCACAAUACAAUAGGUCCUUUUGAGGGUACUGCACAUAUUACAGUUCUUUUAGAUAGGACAGACGAUAGAGCUUUGAGGCAUCGCCUCCUCCUCCUCUUGAAGGUUUUGAUGAAGGUUCUGUCCAAUGUGGAGGCUUGCGUUUUGGUUGGAGGGUGUGUGUUGGCUGUUGAUUUGCUGACAAUGGUUCAUGAAGCUUCAGAAAGAACCGCCAUUCCUUUACAAUCUAAUUUAUUGGCUGCUACUGCCUUUAUGGAACCACUUAAAGAAUGGAUGUUCAUUGACAAGGAUGGUGCACAAGUUGGGCCUGUUGAGAAGGAUGCCAUCAGAAGGUUUUGGUCAAAGAAAGCAAUUGACUGGACAGCCAAAUGUUGGGCUUCUGGGAUGGUGGAAUGGAAGAGACUGCGUGACAUUCGUGAAAUUCGCUGGGCGUUAGCUGUUCGUGUUCCUGUCCUCACACCAGCUCAGGUAGGUGAUGCUGCAUUGUCCAUAUUACAUAGCAUGGUGUCUGCGCAUUCAGACUUAGAUGAUGCUGGAGAGAUAGUUACCCCAACACCAAGGGUCAAGCAUAUCUUGUCAAGUCCUCGUUGCCUUCCACAUAUUUCUCAGGCUAUGCUUUCUGGGGAACCAAAUAUUGUGGAGGCUGCUGCAGCAUUGCUGAAAGCUGUUGUAACAAGAAAUCCCAAGGCCAUGAUACGUCUUUACAGCACAGGUGCAUUCUACUUUGCACUGGCAUACCCUGGUUCCAAUCUCCAUUCGAUUGCACAAUUGUUUGCUGUGACUCAUGUCCAUCAAGCAUUCCAUGGUGGUGAAGAAGCUGCUGUUUCGUCUUCACUACCGCUUGCAAAACGCAGUGUGUUGGGUGGGCUUCUCCCUGAAUCCUUGCUCUAUGUACUGGAGCGUAGUGGUCCAGCUGCAUUUGCAGCUGCAAUGGUUUCAGAUUCUGAUACUCCAGAGAUUAUUUGGACACACAAAAUGCGGGCAGAAAAUCUGAUUCGUCAGGUUUUGCAGCAUCUGGGUGAUUUUCCCCAGAAACUGUCACAGCACUGCCAUUUUCUAUACGAGUAUGCUCCCAUGCCACCAGUGACAUAUCCAGAACUAAGAGAUGAAAUGUGGUGUCACCGAUAUUAUCUUCGAAACUUAUGCGAUGAAAUUCGCUUUCCUAAUUGGUUAAUUGUUGAACAUGUUGAGUUUCUGCAGUCAUUAUUGGUAAUGUGGCGUGAAGAGUUAACACGGAGACCUAUGGAUCUUUCUGAAGAAGACGCUUGCAAAAUAUUAGAGAUAUCACCAGAAGAUGUCUCAAGUGAUGAUGCCAAAAAGAAACAUUCUUUUGAGACUUCUGAGGAGAUAACUAGCAUAUCGAAGCAGAUUGAGAAUAUUGAUGAAGAAAAGCUCAAGCGACAAUAUAGGAAACUAGCAAUGAAAUACCAUCCUGACAAAAACCCUGAGGGAAGGGAGAAGUUUCUUGCUGUGCAAAAAGCUUAUGAGCGCCUUCAGGCCACCAUGCAAGGCUUGCAAGGUCCUCAGCCUUGGAGGUUACUGCUGUUGUUGAAAGGACAGUGCAUAUUGUACAGACGAUAUGGAGAUGUAUUGGAACCUUUCAAAUAUGCUGGCUAUCCCAUGUUGCUUAAUGCAAUUACUGUGGACAAAGCUGAUAACAAUUUUCUUUCUUCUGAUAGAGCACCUUUGCUUGUCGCAGCAUCAGAGCUUACGUGGAAGACGUGCGCCUCGUCUUCAUUAAAUGGUGAGGAGCUUGUUAGGGAUGGGGGGAUACAACUACUUGCGAACCUUCUUUCUCGUUGCAUGUGUGUAGUUCAACCAACUACUUCUGCAAGUGAACCAUCUGCUAUUAUUGUCACAAAUGUGAUGCGAACCUUUUCUGUUUUGAGUCAAUUUGAGAGUGCCAGAGCCGAGAUGCUUGAGUUAACUGGACUUGUUAACGACAUUGUGCAUUGCACAGAACUUGAGCUUGUACCUGAUACUGUUGAUGCUGCGCUCCAAACUAUUGCUCAUAUUUCUGUGUCCUCUGAAUUGCAGGAUGCCUUAUUGAGGGCAGGUGUCCUGUGGUACCUUUUACCCUUGUUGCUUCAGUAUGACUCAACUGCUGAGGAAUCUGAUAAGACAGAGUCACAUGGUGUUGGUUCUAGUGUUCAAAUUGCAAAAAAUAUGCAUGCUGCUCAAGCUUCUCAGGCUUUGUCAAAACUCAGUGGUUUAUGCAUUGAUGGGAGUUCAACGCCUUAUCAUGCAGCAGCUGCUAAUGCGCUUAGAGCUUUACUAACUCCUAAACUUGCAAGUAUGUUGAAAGAUCAGCUACCAAAAGACUUGCUCACAAAAUUAAACACAAACUUGGAGUCUCCAGAGAUUAUCUGGAACUCUUCAACUCGAGCAGAACUACUGAAAUUUGUUGACCAGCAACGUGCUAGCCAGGGGCCUGAUGGUUCAUAUGACUUGAAAGAUUCACAAAUGUUUUUCUACGAUGCACUGUCCAAAGAACUUUUCGUCGGCAAUGUUUACUUGAGGGUCUACAAUGAUCAGCCAGAGUUUGAGAUUAGCGAACCUGAAGCAUUUUGUGUUGCUCUAAUUGAUUUUGUUUCAUUUCUAGUGCGGAACCAAUUUGCUGUUGGUUCUGAUGCUCAGAAUAAGCUUGAUUCCAGAAGUCCAUCUGUUGACUCAUCAGAGAUUUUAAAUAGUACUGUGGAUGAAUCUUUUAAUGGAGACAUGUCUGAUAAUUCAUCAGGGGGCUCAGAUGAAAAAUCAACAGAUAAAGAGGAGUUGGAACUAGUCAAAAACCUCAAACUAGGAUUGACAUCACUUAAGAACUUAUUGACAAGUAAUCCAAGUUUGGCAUCUAUAUUUUCUUCUAAAGAGAAGCUACUGCCUCUUUUUGAAUGUUUCUCUGUUCCUGUUGCAUCGGAAAGCAACAUUCCUCAACUUUGCCUUAAUGUCCUGUCUCUCCUGACUACAUAUGCCCCUUGCUUAGAGGCUAUGGUUGCUGAUGGAUCCAGUCUUCUCCUUUUGCUACAAAUGCUUCAUUGUUCUCCAAGCUGUCGUGAAGGGGCUCUCCAUGUUCUUUAUGCUUUGGCUAGCACUCCAGAACUUGCUUGGGCUGCUGCCAAGCAUGGGGGAGUUGUUUACAUUCUGCAACUUCUCUUGCCUUUACAAAAAGAUGUUCCCUUACAGCAGAGAGCAGCAGCUGCCUCUUUAUUAGGUAAGCUAAUUGGGCAGCCAAUGCAUGGACCAAGAGUUGCCAUAACCUUGGCAAGGUUUCUUCCUGAUGGCUUGGUAUCAGUUAUCAGGGAUGGCCCUGGUGAGGCUGUCGUAUCUGCACUUGAACAGACAACAGAAACACCAGAGCUUGUGUGGACCCCAGCAAUGGCAGCAUCUUUGUCCGCACAGAUUGCUACCAUGGCGUCUGAAUUGUAUCGUGAACAGAUGAAAGGUCGUGUUGUUGAUUGGGAUGUUCCUGAGCAGACUUCUGGACAACAGGAAAUGAGAGACGAACCACAGGUUGGUGGAAUUUAUGUCAGACUUUUCCUCAAGGACCCUAAAUUUCCUCUUAGAAAUCCAAAAAGAUUCUUAGAAGGGCUAUUGGAUCAAUAUUUGUCAUCCAUUGCUGCCACCCAUUAUGAUGCACAAGCUGUUGAUCCGGAGCUUCCUUUACUUCUUUCUGCUGCUUUGGUUUCUUUACUGCGAGUGCAUCCUGCACUUGCAGAUCACGUUGGGUAUCUUGGAUAUGUACCCAAACUUGUGGCAGCUGUGGCAUACGAGGGAAGACGAGAAACAAUGUCAUCUGAGGAGGUGCAAAAUGGAAACUCCACAGAUAAAACACAAGAAUCUGAUGAUGGAACUGCGCCACCUCCACAAACUCCACAGGAACGUGUGCGCCUUAGUUGUUUGCGUGUCCUACAUCAACUUGCAGCAAGUACUAUAUGUGCUGAGGCUAUGGCAGCAACUAGUGUAGGAACACCACAGGUUGUUCCACUUCUAAUGAAAGCCAUAGGAUGGCAAGGUGGAAGCAUACUAGCCCUUGAGACACUAAAACGAGUUGUAGUUGCUGGAAAUCGCGCACGAGAUGCACUAGUUGCACAAGGACUUAAGGUGGGACUUGUUGAAAUACUUCUUGGCCUUCUUGACUGGAGGGCUGGGGGAAGGAAUGGACUUUGCUCUCAAAUGAAGUGGAAUGAAUCAGAAGCAUCUAUUGGCAGGGUGCUCGCUGUUGAGGUUUUGCAUGCAUUUGCAACAGAAGGAGCUCACUGUAGUAAAGUGCGUGACAUUCUAAAUGCCUCUGAUGUUUGGAGUGCUUAUAAAGACCAGAGACACGAUCUAUUCCUUCCGUCUAGUGCCCAAUCUGCUGCGGCAGGUGUUGCCGGUCUCAUUGAGAAUUCUUCAUCUAGACUAACUUAUGCUCUCACUGCUCCUCCAACGCACCCUGCUCCAUCGAAAUCACCGGCACCCUCCUCGAUGGACUCGAACGGGAAUCGAGAACCUGUUUCAUAAGAGUGGAAGUAUUGACCUUGUAGAUUAGAAAAAAAAACAUUCCUUUAUGUAUAGCCUGUGUACAGCUUGUGUUUCACGCUCAGGAUUGAGUUUAACAACUUGAGGCAGCAUUUUUCGUUUUGAGAGAAUUUCAAAGGGGUCAUUUCUUUUCAUGUAUAGUGUAAAAUAUAUAUAUAUUUAUUCGGGUAUUGCCCUUAUCGCUAUAAGUAAGUAGGCGAGGUGGUUUUUGCGUGGAGUAUUACUAA